CAUGCAAAGCCAGAUAUCAACAUGUUGGCAAAAUUAUUAGAAUGUUGGCCUGACAUGGAGUACGAUGUUUCAGAUUGCAAACAAAUUCUAUUGCCCUUUUCUUUCUUGGGUCACUUCACCUUAUAUGUACUUAACAUGGACACUAGAAGCAUCUAUAUAAUGGAAUCCAUGCCUAUACCAUCAUGGUUUAAGGGUGAUCAUCCUAGCAUGCAUUAUAUUCAUAAUAUACAUUAUAUUGCCAAUAAUAUGAAUGCUGCCAUGGAAUUGGCCAAUCCUACAUGGAAAGACGAUAUUUAUAUGUGGCGUCGUAUAGUACCAACAUGGGUUCCAAGAACAUUAAACUGGGAUUUAUCUGGCUUUCUUGUUAUCAACUUUAUGCACGAUUGGAAUGGUAUAAGGUUACCCUGCAUUUGCACUAAUGGGAAUGACCUGAGGACCAAAUUCUUAGUAGAAUUAUUGAAGUACAAGGACAAUGAAUCCAAAGACAAUAUUCCAGAAGAAAUACAAGAAAUUAUUAGGCACAUCAGAUAGAUAUGAUUUUAUUUGUAAUGAUACUCAACUUAUUAUCCUAAUUAAUUUUAUUGCCUUUUAGGUUCGUAGUAUCGUUAGGAACAUUUGCCAACAUAUAUUUUAGUUAUAUGUUGCAAAUAUGAAGGCAGUUCAAAUUUCUGUACUUUCAAAGAUGCAUUGGUGUUUUAGAAGCUUCAGCUUAUCCUACUGUAGUAUUGUGCUUAAAAGACUCCUAUGGGUUUCCAUCUUUUUA